CCACCUUACCAGCGACCACGACCUAACAGUUGUGCCCCCUCCAUUCCGUACAAACUACGCCUUACACUUUCAUAGGCUAUCGACGUCUCGAACUGAAGUCCGGCGAUGCGACCAGAAUUGCUGUUCGGCCUAAGCGUCGCACUCAGUGCACACUGGCAGGCAGCUGCGCUGAAGUUCCCGUUCAACAUCCCCUUCCUCUCGAACAACGACCAAGCUCCUCUCAUCGACGUCAACACCCUUCUCCCAGAAUCUACCCCACCGAAUCGCAUUGCCAUUGUUGGAGCGGGGGCGGCUGGGUCCUCGGCGGCCUUCUGGAUCGCAAAGGCGAAGGAGCGGUUCGGACUCGACGUUGAAGUCGAUGUGUAUGAGAAGAAUGACUACAUAGGUGGACGAAGCACGGUCGUGUACCCUUACAACAACACAGAAUACGACCCCGUCGAGCUGGGCGCGUCAAUAUUCGUAGAGAUUAACCGCAACAUGUGGCGAGCUACGGAGGAGUUUGGCCUGGAACGGAUUGGCUUUGGAGACGAGAACAACGUCAUGGGGAUCUGGGAUGGCCAGGAGUUUGUGUUAACGACUGGCGGCGGCAGCUUCCUGGGCAGCUGGAUGGACACACUCAAGGUCAUCUGGCGGUACGGAAUCUCCGCUCCCCGGCGGACGCAAGCCGUCGUGAAGUCCAUGGCCACACAGUUCCUCACGCUCUACGCGCCCACCACGCCGCGCUUCGCCAACAUCACCACGCUCGCGUCGAGCCUCGGGUGGACGCCCGUCGUCGCGAGCACCGCCGCGGAGUACUUCGACACGCAGGGCAUCAGCCGGCUCUUCACGCGCGAGCUCGUCGAUGCCGCGACGCGCGUGAACUACGGGCAGGACGUCGACGCGCUGCACGCGCUCGAGGGCAUGUGCUCGCUCGCGGCGGAGAACGCGGCGAGCGUCAAGGGCGGGAACUUCCAGGUGUUUGAACAGUUCCUCCAGCGGAGCAACGCGACCGUGCACCUGAAGACGGAGGUGACGAGCCUCAUCCAGGACGCUGCGAGCGGCGCGUGGCUCGUCGGCACGGGCGGGACGACGCGCCCCCGGGCGUACCGCGGCGUCGUCCUCGCCGCCCCGUUCUACAGCACCGCGAUCGAGGUGUCCCCGCCCGCGCUUCUCACGCCCGUGCCGGAACAGCCGUACGUCCAUCUGCACGUCACGCUCCUCAGCACGACUGCGCGCACACCGAGCGCGGCGUACUUCGGGUUGGGCAGCGGGGUCGCGCCGACGGAGGUGCUGACGACGCACAACCGCGUGCGGGAAGGCCUCGGCGAGGAGCCGGAGUUCAACUCGAUGACCUACCACGGGAAGCUCAGGAAGGCGGACGGCGCGCCGGCCGAGCGCGACGAGUGGGUCGUGAAGAUCUUCUCGAAGGCGCGCGUGGAGGACGCGUGGCUGGAAAACAUGUUCGGUGCGGGGAACGUAGGCUGGGUUCUGAGGAAAGAGUGGGAUGCAUAUCCCGUGCUUCCCCCGACAGUUUCUUUCCCGCCCAUUAAACUCGCCAAGGGACUGUACUACGUCAACGCCUUCGAGCCCUUCAUCUCUACCAUGGAGACCGAGACGAUCGCCUCGCGCAACGUCGUGGACCUCUUGUUGCAUGACGAAUGGAACGCGGGCAUCUGCCCGGCAGCCGUCGAGGGCGACGAAGAGGCUACCGCCGAAAAAGCGAAAGACGACAAGUUCGUACUUGGGUGGGACUGUUAGGCGACGGGGCUAUCCAAGGAUUAUCUGCUGUGUUCGUUCGCUAUGCGAUGCUAUCUAUCCGGAUUGGGUUGUAUACUAUGACAUGCUUAUGUUCUAUUGCGACCUUGACGCUUUGUUACGCACGACUGGGCGCGUGGGACUCUAAAAGGAAGCCACGAUGCCCAUACAACUCGCGUUGAGUACUU